UCGUCUGGCGGAACAGCGGGCAUCGAGUCGUCUGGCAAGACUGCGGGCACCGAGCCGUCUGGCAAGACUGCGGGCACCGAGUCGUCUGGCAAGACUGCGGGCACCGAGUCAACUGGCGGAACAGCGGGCACCGAGUCGUCUGGCAAGACAGUGGGCUCCGAGUCAACAGGCACGACAGUGGGCACUGGGUCAUCUGGUAUCGGAUUGUCUGGCUCGACAGCGGGCAUCGGGUCACCAGGCAUCAGGUCAUCUGGCAAGGCAGUGGGCACCGGGUCACCAGGUAUGACAGCGGGCUCUGAGUCAAUUGGCACGACAGCGGGCACUGGAUCAGGUACCGGAUCAUCUGGAUCAACAGCGGGC